AGUGCUGCAGCACUGAAGAGCCACGGAGGGAGAGGAGAGGGGGCCGAUGACGCGGGCCCCGGGAGCUCCCGGUGUGAGGCGCGCGCCCGCGGGAGGGGCCGGUAGAAAAUGGCGAGUCUGUGCAGAAGGCAGCAAUGCACGAUCGAGAGGCGCGGCUUUCGGCAGGAGCUUGACUCGUGGAGGCAUAAACUCAUUCACUGUGUAGGGUUCGAAAGCAUUUUGGAGGGGCUGUUUGGACCAGGACUCGUAAAAGAUCUUACCCUCUUUCAAGAUUGUGAGCCGGAGGGUGUGUCAGAUUGGUCGUUUAAUGAGAAUUGUCUCUUUUGCUGCUUGAGACGUGAAAAAGUGAAGGAAAAUUUGGUUGGUUUGAACAGCCAAGUUGUAUCAGAAGCGGACAGCUUCAAAGAGGAGCAGUCCAACAUUAACAAACUUGAGAAGCAAGCAGAGGAUUUCCUCAAUGUUGUCUUCUAUAGAAAGGCAGACCUCCCCAGAUUUACAGACCCCCACAUUCCUCUAGUGGCUCGUGAGAUCAUGCAGCGGAUGAUCCGACAGUUUGCGGCCGAAUAUACCUCAAAAACCAGCUCAACUCAGGACGUACCCCGACCCCAGACCCAGCCCAACGGCACCAAGGACCAAAGCCUGCCGAAAGCGCCCUCGCUGGAGCCGGACGCCCCCUCCCCUGGCACCGGCGCCGCUGCCUCCGCACAGAACCCCGUCCUCAGCAAGCUUCUCAUGGCAGACCAGGACUCCCCGCUGGACCUCACCGUCAGGAAACCAGAGACCCAACCCACAGAACAAGAUGGAGUCCUUGACCUCUCAACUAAGAAGAACCACAGUCAUGGUAGUGUCUCAAUGAAAAGCUCUCAUGGUUUUUCAAUCAUGCCCACAGUUAAGGGGCGUUCCCAGAGAGCUGAUCACAACUAUCGAGAUGUUGAUGAUGAGGAUGGCUUGCCACCGAGAAGCUUGCAUGAUGUAAUAAGGGAGAACUGUAUUGGUUCUGGGCCCCUCAAGCCACCCUUGGCCCGCUCGCUCCUCAUAAAAGAGGAACUCCUGAACCAGAAACAUCGCCUCCUUGGCCAACCUCUUUCUUUGGCUAGCCUUGAGUCCACGGGUCUCCUCAAUAGUCAAGCCCCUUCCCUUCUUUCCCGCGAUGGGAUAUGGGGGAAAUCCCAUCUAGACAGCCUCCUGAAGCUCAAACAAGUUAGCAGCGACCUAAAUGACCUGCCUCUUUUCCAGGAGAACCAAGGCGUGUUUACCAAGGGUACAAAGUCCCAUGACACCGGUUCCAUCAUGGUAAAGAAAGAACCUGGGCAUUCCCCUCCAGUGGACUUGAAGAUCCCGCAAGUCAGAGGAAUGGAUCUGUCUUGGGACUCCCAUGGGAAUGCAUCGGAUCUCUACGGUUACAGCCCUAUAGCUUUGGGCAAUGUGCACUCAGAAAACGCGCUCAGUAGGAAGCUUAGGGCCAUCCUACCAAAACAGAGUCGCAGAGCUGCUUUGGGAGGCCUUCUCGAUGGGGGAGCCGUAGGCGAGUACUGGGGUGCAGACCUUGAACAGCCAACUUUGGGACCUCAGUACCCGACAUCAGAUCCAGAGGCAGACCCGACUGGCUCCAAGCAACCCCGAAAGAAAAGGGGGCGGUAUCGGCAGUACAACACUGAGAUUCUAGAAGAAGCCAUUGCUGUGGUGAUGGGUGGGAAGAUGAGCGUUUCGAAGGCGCAGAACAUCUACGGUAUUCCCCACAGUACCUUGGAGUACAAGGUGAAAGAGAGGAUGGGCACCCUGAAGAACCCACCAAAGAAAAAGCUUAAACUGAUGAUGAGGGCAGAGGGGCAAGACUCUGGGAUAACUGCUGAAACUGAAUCCAUGUCGACGCCCACCACCACACCCAUCGCAACGCAAGUGGAUGUCUUGCAGGGGACAGGAGACAAAGCCGAGUAGAUUACACAGAACACCUCAUAAAAUGGAAAACGUUUUAGAUUCUGACAGACACACACAAAAAAAAAACUAAAAUGAUUUGGAAUUGAGAAUGGGGCUUUAAUUGUGCCAAUUUAUACUUGCAGUAUCUGGGUGAGCACAACUGCAGGGAUUCAUGGGAGGAUUUAAGCCUGAUAACUGGGGAUAGGAAACAAAUUGGCAGUUAUCACUGGUCGCAUUGACACUGCAAGCAUUUGCUGAAGUUUUUUACAACAUAAAGCAACAAAUGCGUACUAAAGCCAUAAGAGAGUAUAGACAGAGAGACAUUUUAUAAAAAAAAGUGAACAGAUUAACUCUUUGUUUGCCCCCUUCAUCUGAACUUUGCGCGCUGCGCCAUUAGUGCUCAUGCGUUUUGGACGGCAUGCCAUUUUGAGAAACGAGAAGUGGGGUUUCAAGGGUUAUGUGCAAGGUUGGAAAUUGACCCUUCAAAAAUGAAUUUAUCUCCUCUGAUUGAUAGGUUUAUGAAAUAAGUCAUGAUCUUUAAAACUAAUUUAUUUCAAGUGGAGUUGGAACACCAGGGAUCGAUCCUAGGCCCGUUUUUCUAUUAACAGGUAAAAUAAUUGCUUUCAACUCUUUGUAGUUUCCUCCUUUUAUAUUCACACCAUUGAAAAAGACUAAGAAUUAGACAUGUCCAUUUUUAAAAAAUGAAGCUUAAGAUUAGUCAUUCAGGGAUGCAUGUUUGUGAUGUUGAAAUUUUUUUUUUUUACUUUACUGUAUCAAAACUUUUCUUUAACUCUAGCGCUUUCUUUUGCACUACACUUUCAGUCUGGCGCUCGCCAGAGCCUAAAUCUGGCAUUUAGACCUGAUUACCUCGACACUGCUUGCAUUACGCACUUACUGUUCUGUCUGGCAUACCACAUAAUGCUCAUUUUACAGUACUCUUAGUGAGAGCCUCUCUCUUAAAAGGAUUUCGAUGCCCAUGAAGGGACAAUGCCGACUUAAGCCACACAGUACAGGAACGUGUUUCCGAUUCACAUCUUUCUACUAAAUUUAAUCGAGGGAGCGUGCACACAGUCAAAUUCUGGAUGAUUCUGGCUGCUCCCUCAUCGCUGCUUAAAGUCAGUUGCUGACAUUGUAUAUUUAUAAAAAGAAGAGCAUUUUUCACAGAGGGUUGGUUUUGGGGAACAUAGGUGGGAGAAAAUGUAGGUAGGGUUAUGACCAUAUAACCCUGUCAUAUUAUAAAUUAGCAUUCUUACAGAGAGCCAAUUCUUGUCUCUGAAAAGUUUAAUUUCCUCAUGUAAAACUCAGGGCAACUGAGACAAAUAUAGGGAUCAUGUUUUUAGAGAAACACCUUACCUACUUGAACUGGAACCUGUGACACAAUUCUCAGUCAAUGAAUUGGAUCAGGGACAGGGCUUUAUAUUGGGCGUAGGUUGGGUCGAGCUGAGCCAUGGAUUGCAGAUAUUGGUAGGAUGUUAUCAUUCGAAACACCUGGCCAGUUGGAACUUUUCUGAGAUCUCUCUGAAAAUAGCACUUUGUUUAAAAGUAAAAGCUUUUGGGAGUGAUUUAAAGUAGCUUUUGCAGUAGCAGAUAGCAUAAAGAAGACUGGCAAGAUCAAAGGGGGAGCAUUUCAACACCCCCCCCCCCCGGCAUCCUGCAGCUUAGACCCAAACAUGCUCCUUUUGUUUUGAAAAAAUUACCUCUUCAAUAUACAGUGGUCGACGGGUUGAAUUUUCAGAUUUGUCUAGUGUUGCCUCACUGUUUAUUGUCACAUUGCCCCUUUUUCAAAUAUAAACUGUGUUGUCUGAUGUAUAUAAAACCGAGAAAGCGCAUAGAUCUGUGAAGAUUUCAAAGAGAAGGCUUUUGGAAUGGCAUGCUCCACUUUGAUGUUGUUUUGAAGGGCAUUCUGGUAAAUAUGACUGCCUGGUGCUCACCCAGUCUGUGAAAAACAAUUAUACUUCAAACUUCAGGGUUUCUGAUGAUGAAACUGACUCUUUGAAAUGUACCUUUUAUUUAUUUCAUUAUUUAAUUUGAAUCAUUUAAGUAAAUGGCAUGCACCAGUUCAGUGGAGGCUGAUUAACUAUUUAUAAUCUGACACUUAGUCAUCAAAGUGGACAACCGGGAACACUGUCCUGGACUCAACGUUUUAAUUUUGUUCUACACCUAAAGAAUUUCCCACAUUAUAUUAGGAUUGUAUGAAUUGUAUAUAUUUCCUAAAAUGCUAUACUUGUAAGUAUGGUUGUCAUUUUAAUUAUUAUCUCACUAAGCAAAAAUUAUUUCAGUGUUGUUAGCUUUAUUUAAUGAAGUUGCAUUUCAAUUAUACCCAUGUCUGGAGACACUACUGAAAUGAGUUUAGGUUGUGAUUAUUUUUAAUCAAUGCAACAUACAAUAGUAAACCAUUGAUUUGACAUAUUUGGUUCAGUUUCUACAUUUUGAUCACAUGCUACUAUACUUCUACAUGAAACAAGUUGAAGGACAAUUUGAUUUAUAAAGAAAUGGAUUAAUAUUCAUUAUUAUAAGCUCUUUAGGUCAUCUGGCAUUAAAUGCACCAACACUUUACCAAUGCUGAGCGUUUGAAGUGUCUAAUUUGAAAUUAGGUAGGUCUUUAAUCAAUCAAUUAAUCAAACAAUCAAUCAGUUAGAUUUAUUUAUUGAUCAACGUGACAUAAAAUAUUACUCAGUUGUCCUUGACACUUGCCAUUUAAAUAUUAUCUUAAACAGUAUUUUGUCUUGUUUUACAGUAAACAUACCUAAAGAUUUCUUGGUUUCUAAGAAUAUUUGAAACCCUUGAAUUAAAUUUUUCUUACCCUUAUUUCUUCUUAUUUGGAAAAUUUAUUUUUCUUGUUUUAAGUAUAAAUUUAGUUGGAUUCGCCAAUAAUUUAAAUUUUUGCUGGAUAACAAGACAAAAAUAUUAUUUUUAAGUGCACCUAGUAGCAAAUUAGUAGAUUGUUAGUACUAGUAGUGCAAACAGAUUCUAUUAUAAUAUAAUAUUUUCCCCUAUAAUUGGCACUUAUAAAUUAUUGCACUGAUGGCUUCGACUGGAAGAUGUUUUGCAGCACUUAAUAAAAAAACAGUUUCAAACGAUCACUUCUUUAUUGAUAAUCUAGAAAGUUAUGAACUUUAAUGUCACUACUGUACAUUCUGCAACCUGUAUUUAUCAUCAGCUGUCUGAUUCACUAUGGUGCAUGCCAUUUCAACAUAUUUAAUUUAAUUUGAAUGAUUAAUGUAUUAAAUGGUUAACGGCUCCCCCUGUCCAAAAACAUCCUCCUCUUGAAGAAAUGAUACUGUCUUUACUCAAAUGAAUGUAAAACCAUUUACGAAUAAUAUCUUAAACUAGUUGUUUGAACAGACUGUUUAAGUGUUUCUCUUGCUGCUCAUGUUUCAAUAGUUUUUAUUUGUUCGUUUUUUGCGUUUCUCUGAAACGUACACCUGUAGCCUUUAGUACUUUCGUAUCUCAGGAUAGGUUCAGCUGAAAGGUUCGCAAUAUUUGUCAGUCGGAUAACAAUGAAGAAAUAACUACCUGUACAAGACGUGCAUAGACAUGUUCUAUUAACUACAGUCUUUGCACAAUAUACCUCAUCCUCGGGAAUAAACGCACCUUUUUGUGCCACAUCCUUAAAUACCAUUCAGGGGCACGUGGAAAAGGAGCAGUUGAAACUCUGGGAAAUUAUUUUUAUUUUCCUAUUUCACCCUCUUUUUUGUCUUCUAUGAGAGGGAUUGCAAGCGAGGCAUUUCAUGUGUCUGACUGACCAAUAUUUACGCCCUUUUCAUUCAGGUACAGAAAAUCGAACUUUUUGAAUACAAUCAAAAAUUUCGCUUUAGAUUCGCAUCUUGCCAAUAACAGGCCCCAUCCUUUAAGUUUAGUUGAUCGUCAAGGCAAAUAUUAAAGGUUACUGUACUGUAGGUAAGCCACAAUACCUAAUUCCUGUACUCUUAAAUGCGAUUUAACCGUCAUGGAUGUUUUCGUGAAAAACACAAAUGGAGAUUUAAAGAGGAGAAUAUGGGACAGGUGGAAAUGUUAACCCUCUGUUGUUUUUGUGCUUUCUGUAAACUUGUUUUUAAACUGCAUUCCAAAAAAAUUCAAGAGAUACCUUUAUAUGGUAGAAAAAAUCUACACAUAUACAAAUAAUAUAUAUAAUAUUUAUUUUAGUUCAUCUUUUUUUCUGUUUGAAAUUGAAACGCUACACUAAGAAAUGAUGAAAAAUUACACUGUCAGCUACAACCUCAGUUUCUGUACCAUAUGAAGUGCCAUUUGUUUUGUCUCAAGUGGCUCAGACUGAUUUCUUCUCUGAAAAGACGCUCAGAUAGCCUGUUUUCUUUAAUUUUUUGACCUCCACUGCAUAUCCACAUAACAGCAUUACCUCAGGUGAGAUAUCUCCAGAGCAGCUGAUUCUACAUUUAGUUGUAGAAAUCAGGACCUGUACUUGACUUUUACACACAUUUCCAAAAAGACGCAACUAUUACUUUUCAAGGAAGCAGUUUAUAAAUAAUGCUAGUCGCAUUUUUUGUUUUCCUCCAGUGUGCUUUGCUUAACUGAACCACGGGUCUCUUUUUGAAUGCAACAUUAUUGACCUUAGCACACAAAAGUUCAAAUCAAUAGGGCACACAUUUGUACGCCACAAUUAACACACUCCAUACACAGUGACUCACAUGCACACAAAACACCAUCAGGUCUACAUCAUGUGGAUGGUUAUAUAGUUUUAGGCUAUUGGUUUGAUAACUACUAAAGUGUAGCCUAACUAGGUUAUGAUGUGAGAAAGAUUUUUGUUAUAUAUUUAUUUAUUUAUUUUCAAACCACAAGCCCAAAUUAUCUUGUCAUGUUGCAGUUCUUUCAAGUUCUCUCAACUUUUUUCCUCAUUGUUUUUUGUGCGAUAAAAAUGAAUAGGCACACCUUUCUUCAACAGAAUACAUCUGCAAAAUUGGGAGAAACAAAUCGGCAAACAUGGUAGUCCAAUUAAAUGAUAGAUAUCCAUCGUACUGUCAAUCUGUGCACUCAAAUUACUUGCACCAUAACUGUUUUCUAUGUUUGUGAAAAUAUUAUGUAGUUUUAGGAGCCAUCAUUUUCAUUUGAUGGCAUGAUACUAAGUCGAAUGUUUUAUUAGGUGUAGAUUUCCAGCCGUAUAGCUAAAAAUAGCUGUUGUCAUGGUACAACUUGCAGCACACGACAUGGUAAACGACAUGUUUUGAAUGUAAACGUCUAGAGAAACAUGUCUCAGAGAAAACUGAUGGACGUGCAUGGAUAGUUUUGCUCAGAAUAGAUAAACUCAGAUAUUUGCGUUCACCAUGAAACUUUAUGCAUUUCCUUGAAAUUUUGGUGUCAUCCGGAGUGUCAGUUUUGCAGUGUUCAGUUGUCACCAAUAGUUUGAUAAUUGCAUUCAAUCAUAAUUACAUGACUAAUUGUUGUUUACUAAUUAAUAAAAAUGAUGAGCCAAUGAUACCUACAGGUAAUUGGUAACGGCAAUCGAAAAUUGUUAACCAAGGCAACUUACAAUCUGUUAUUUUUCUUCAAUUAAAUUGAAUCAAUGUCGUGUAUAUUGCUUUAAUGCAAUUAAAUAUAAAUAAAUAUAUACAUGUUUGUGUGUGUGUGUGUGUGUGAGACAUAUCAGGACACAACUCAAUGGGGACAAAACAAUGGGGACAAAAAUGCUUUUAAAUCAUACAGAAUUAGUCUUUUUGAGAAAGUAAAAAUGCACAAAGUUUCCUGUGAGGGUAAGGGUUAGGUGUAGGGUUGGUGCAGGGCCAUAGAAUAUACAGUUUGUACAGUAAAAAAAACCAUUACGCCUAUGGGAUAAACACACUUUUCACAAAAACGGAUAACCACACCCCCAAAACACUCUAUUGGUUAAGCCAAUGCUGCUAUGCUGGGAUGGAGUGCAUUUCCCAAAAGCAUCUUUAGCCAACUAUGGUCAAAAUUCCUUUGAACUUAGAUGGUAAUGACAGGACUUGCAACUUUAGCUGCUUUCAUGGUUGUCAGGAUGCUCAAACAUAUCGAGGUGUGCUUCCCAUACACUGAUGUAAGUUGCUGCUUGGUGCUGUUGCACCAUAGUAUGAUGCAUCACUGUAGAAACUAACUAGCUAGUCAUGACUGUUUCCCGAAGAUAGUCGCAUCUCCAUCAUUUGAACCACGUUGGUUCAACAAUAUAGGACUGUCAGUAAUGACCUCACGUGCAGGUGGUAGGGUAAUAACCCCUACUUAUUGAUUUGAGAUCGCCGAGAUGUUGCUGUAAUGAUCAUUGCACCCGAUAACUACUUCGCAGUUUAUGGUCCAUUUCAUUUUGGGUUUUUAAUUCUUCCAUCUUAAAUCAUACUCCGGAGUUCCUUUACACAUUUAUGCACAUGUACACUCUUCAAAAAUGGCAAUUACUGAGGACACACUACAAUGUAUAAAUUUAAAUGAAUACAUCCACAUUUUUCCUGAGUAACCGAUGAGCGCCGCCAUGAUGGAUUUUAAAUUACGUUUGGAUGCCCUCCUGUUCCGGUCUCCAAAGAAAUCUGUGAUCAAAUAGGGGUAAAAAGAUCGACUUUUUAGAGGUUAAUUUAAUUGAAACUUUUUAAAUAUAACUAAAUAUAAAAUUAUUUUUCCAUUACGAAGCAAACAAGACUUCUGUGUUCGAGAAAAAGGUUAAUAUUUUAAUUGAAUUGAUAAUAUAUCUAGUACUGCAUGUUAGCUUGUUUUUGCGCCCAUGAGCAAAAUUUAUUUACGUCAGUAUGUGUUACUAACAAAAGUCAAUGCAUCUAACGACAGAUCGAGAGCUAUAUUUCCAACCAUGCUUGCGAUGCUGUUUAUAAAUGUUCAUUUAAACUAUAAUUCUGACGGAACACCAAAUUGUUGAAAUAUGUUGGCAACGACAAAACAUGAGACCAUAGCGGGCUAACCAUGCUUUCGGAAAAUGCACCACUGAUCAGUGUUUUUAAAUGAGCCAGUGUGUACCCUUUUCAGUGGAAUCAACCAACAAGUUAUUUUCCAGUCUACAUAAAACAAGGACAAUAAAGAUCUUAAACGUCAAUAAAAUUACACACUUCAUCAUUACAAUGAGAUGUUCCUGCAAAGACUUCAGUGAAACUGUGAAUUAUAUGGAACAGAGCCAUGAAAAGUGAACAACAGACCGCUGCCUCUCCUGUCUCUGGAAUAAGAUAUUAAUAUGGAUGGCAAUGAUGACUUAGUCAUUCUGCUAGCUCAGUGAGAGGUCAAACAGGGCAGUGAAUACACAAAUGAAAGCAGAAAGGCGAAAAUGAGUUUCAUCAAAUGGUCAACGUUCUUCUAAAGAACUUGAGGACUUUUGGCCGUGAAAGGGCUGCCAUUGUUUCCAUGACAAUCUUGCAAGAUCAUUCAAGUAAAGGUGUGCCUAUUCUAAUCAGUCUUUCAUUUAAGCAAAACCCACAUUCUUUUCUGUUAUUUUAUACCAACAUUGCGCAUUUUCAGUAUUUUUUACAUGCGAUUUCUACCAUUGAAAUUUAGACCUCUUUUUUUUGUUUCGUUUUUAUUUCUAAUUUUCCAAAACACAAAUGGAGAGAAUUUUAGAUGCAUUGGUAGUUAUGAUGUUUCCUUCUGUGUGCAAUUUGUCCUUCUACUUUGUUGGCAUUGCAUGGAAUUUCAUGCAUGAAUCUGCUCUUGACCAUUAACUUCGUCCAUGACUGUUUCAACCCUGCAGUCAAUUAAAACUCUGCGGGAUUAGGAUUAUUAGUUUUGCUACCUCAAUUUACAGAUGGUUUUGAGAUAGGAGCCCUUUGGUAGUAAAGCAAAAAUGACUUUUAUCUUGAGGGACUGACUGUCCCUACAGGCUUUUGUCGAUCAUGUUUUUAUAAACAUGUUGGCGGUUUGAUCGGCUUACGUGCUGUACUGUAUGUAGCAUUUUAGAUGCACACACUGGCUCAUAAUUCCCAAGGUCAUGGUCCCGUUCUGUCGGAAAGCAGUUAUACAUUCCGCAUGCACAUAUGUGUAUCUAAUAAAACUUGUUUUGAUAAAGGGUAAUGAUAUUUUUGGACCCAAAGGUCCCAAGUUAUGCAUAUCGACUGCUUCUAAGACCAGUGCUUGGGAAGAAUCAGGUUGACCGAUCACCUCAAAAGUUGGAAACGCGUCGUUAUGUGUGUUUCCUCAAGAAUCUAGUAUAGUCACGCCAUACCAUAUGAGUUUGUGUCCUUGAAAAUCAAGCCAAAUGCAUUCGCAUAUGUCAAAGUUGUGCAUCUUAUCUCUUGAUGGAAUGCUGUGCUUACACCUUUUUUGUGGGUUUUUCCUUGUAUGGAGUCGAAGCUUUAUGGAGCAAACAUGCCUUUUGCUAACUGUUUGGCUGUGUUCAUAAUUCCAAGUACUUUCUAAAGUUUCGUAAGAAUUCUCAGAGAAGAGUCUUAACGUUGUAUAGGUUUGGCGUUCAGUGUAGUAUGAUGAUCGGAUCCCUUCUCCUGUACCCCCUCAGGUUAAUGCAUGAGAGUGGAAUGAUUAGGCUCGGCUAAAGAUUGAUACCUUUUCUAUAUUUCUUAAUACUAUUGAUAUUGUGAUUACUUCGAUUAAAAACGCUUGCCUUUAGGUUCCAUUUUUUUACUGCUCAUAUUCCAGAAUCCUAGUAUCCGGUAAACUGGGUUAAAAAAUGGUUUUGGUGAUUUUUAUUUUGCAGUAUUAAACUAUAAGUGGGCAAAUGAGUCUAGCAAGGCAAUACUCGUGAUUUAAGUCCCCUUGACUUGAGAAAAGUGAGUUUGCUGUCGCAGGCCCAAGAAAGCCGCGAUGUCCUUAUCAGACCGCCUUUUGCAUUUCAAAAGAUUCAGCCAAAUAACCUUAGUUCAGUGCUUUAUAAACGGCGAGGAUUGUAAAGUACGAAUUACCUGGGGAAACAAAAAAAAUGGACUCUCUAACCUUAGACUUUUCAUUCGGUCCCUCGAGACCUACGAGGCCACAAAGACUAUUUAUUUUGUUUCUGACGUCUGUACAAUGUGUGAUGUUUCAAGUUAAAGAAAGAAAAAAAAACCUUACAACACAGAAUACCUCAGAUAAUAAAUCCAUGUAAAUCUUGACAGCCUCCACGUGUAGAUAGAGCCGUGUUCACUGCCUCCCCAUCCCUCAUGUCUCUACUUCUAUAAUUUCACUGCCCGUUAUAUGUUGUGGAGGUUUCAUUACUUUCCUUUUCAUGUUUGUUUUUGUUUGUCCCGGGAACAAAUGAACCAUUAUUUAAUUCAUCGUUCACCUGUGUGCUUGACAAAGUUAAGCGGCGUUCACACUGACAGCACUUUGCAAGUGACUCGAUUCCAAUGAGAGUUGGCGAUUUGAGGCGACGUGAGUGUUGAUGAUGUGGCAAAGUUAAGCUAGUCAGUUUUAUGCAAAUGUGUAGUAAUGAGGUGACAACCAAUGGGAGCCUAGACUGUGAUUUGUCACCCGAUUCAUUUGGACACUGUGGUUGAGUAGGAACGUCUUCUGGCAACCAACAGUACAGCAACUUUGCGACCUCCAGAGUUUUUAUCGAAGACAGUGUGAAAGCCGCUUAAGGAAAGACAUUGCCUCAGUAGUAGAUGCAGUAGAAGUGAUGCAGUAAUAUUAAAGACCAAGUACCAUGUUUCUAAUUGCAGAUUUCAGUCUAUUACCUUAAAUUAAGUUGUGACUCAAAACCAGAUUUUAAAGUGAAAAGGAGGGCUUUGUCUUUUUUAGAGAUAGUUUGUUAAGCAUAAGCCAUAGUUUACGCAUUUGUCGAGCGUAAUUUCAUCAUCGUUCUCAUUAUCAGCUAAACUGAAUGUAGGGGGAAAAAGAAUAAAUAAUUACUCUUAACACACAAACUAACUUUUUAUGUAUCGCAUAUGUACUUUAGGAAAAGCUAUAGGUUAUUAUAUUAAUGUGUUCUUAAAUAUAUAUACACUCAACAGUCAGCGUGCAUUGUAUAUAAUGUUCUGUAUAGUUAUAUACUUAUCUUCUGGAACGAGAUGUUUAUCUCGUCCUCAUUUGAUUCAGGGAACAAACAUUUCAGUGUAGUAUAUUUAGACUCCUGUGUACCGCAUUUGUAUAGUUGGUUUUCAUUUGCUCACUCGUUUCUUUUAUCGUCCACAUACUGGAAUGAUAGUUAGUCUUGAAGUGAGCUAAACAAAGUAUAAAUUAAGUUAUUGUAAGGCAUCUAACGCUGCACUGGUGCAGACAGCUGUUUUUUCCACAAUACUGUACAAACAUAAAUAUAUAUUGAGAGGAAGCGCAAACUUUUUAAGGUGGAUGUCUAUAUAGUCUCGUGCCCAUUCCGUGAUUUCAUUUUUUUUUGUAACAUUUUGUUUUAAUAACAGCAUUUUCAAUGAUUAUAAAAUAGUCAUUGCGACAUCAGUCGACGAUGUAAAUGAAUUUUCCCUGUGAAAAAGCCACGUUUUGCGGUAUUGCUUGUUAUUUUUGCUUGCUAAAUGUACAUGAAAUAAGUUCAGAAGUAAGAUGGUUAAAUUAUUUGUGAACACUGGAUCUCUAUCGGACAAUGUCCUAAAAUCAUCCUUAUUCAUUACGAUGAAGAAACGCGCCCUUGGUGUGCUUUGCUGCAACUGCUUUUUCUUAACGAUAAUGAUGUUUAUUACUAUUUUAAUUUAUUGUGUGGAGUGAAACGUCUCCGUGGCCGUGAGCUGGUCGUGUGUGAGUGUGUGGAACUGCUUGAGGUUUAGAAUUUUUUGCUUUUUGCUCAUGCAUUUUGUGGAUAAACCAUUUCUUACACACCAAAUCUUGCGAUUUCUGAUAAGACAAGCCUCUGAGUAGUGGUUUUCUUGAUCAUCUGUGAAAAAAAAAGAAGAAAACCGAUCCUUAAACCAUUUCUCUAUUAACCUUAAAUCCUCUUAUUAAGCCACAACUACGAUUCCCUCAGGGACAAACGACACUGAUUCAAUCUAUUCAGGUACUUUCUCUAGAUUCUGCGGCCUAGCUGUUAAAAUACGAAAAAAAGUACAUAUUUUUUGAAAAAUUGACCAAAAGAAAUUGGUCGCUCGUAACGAGUCAUUUUUAACCUGUUGUCGCUUCAUUUCUUUUCCUCUGUCCUUUUAAGUUUUUGUAUUCUUUGUAUCCAGACUUAAGUACAAUAUACAAAAUGAAUGUCAAGCUGAAACUUCAGGUGAAGAGCAACAUGUGCUUUUCAUUACAAUUUCUUCUGCACACACUGUGCCUCAAAUGCCUGAAGACAGUAGAACAACACUAUAGCGACAAACAUCACACCAGAGCCCUCCAUGAUAGUGGUCGACCGGUCUCAGCGCUCCUAUACAGACGUACCUCUACAGCGCAAGGCCUGAUCUUUCACAUUUGCAGUUAGUGAUUGGUAGUUUUGGUCUCUGCUUGUAUCAUGUAAGUAUUUCAGCUGCCUGAAGAAACUGCCUCUCCAUAUGUGAAUGGCUUUACAUUGGGUUCUGAUUGUCUGGUUUUAAUUUGUGCUUGCUUUUUUGUUCUUGAGCUUUUAGGUGCCUACGCUUAUUGUCAAAAAAGCUCAGAUACUUAAAGGAAUUAUAAACUAACUGGCUGAUUUUUGUCUAUAAUUAUUAUUAGGAAAUCAGGAAUCGUGCAUAUUAAAGCGACCUUAGAGGUUGUGUUAAGGCGGCAUUUACUUCUCUAUUAGUCUUGGUGUUGAGUUUCGUUGUUAUUUUUCCUCAGAUUUGCAGUUCUCGAAACAUUCCUGUUGUUCUUGUCAUUGUGGGUUUUAGUUUGCGAUGCCUGAUAACAGGCAGUGAGUUUGUUGUUUUCCACACAGGCUUGGAUUCAAAAGUUCAGGCUUGAUUUAAGGCAAAAAAUGAAAUACUUACAUGUUAACACUUUUAAUACGAGACACAGAAUGGGUUUUUAAAACAUAUGUUUGCCAGUGUGGGAUAAGGUGCUGCUUUUUCCGAA